UUUGAUUGUGCGUCAAAUAUUUUUAAAUAUAAUUAAAAAUAUAAAAAUAAAAUUGUUUAUUUAAUAUUUUUUUGUAAAAAGCUUGUAAAUAAGUUUUUUCAAAAAUGGCUGAUCCACUGAGUUUGUUAAGACAGUACAAUAUCAAUAAAAAAGAGAUAGUUGAAAGGGAGAAUCAGAUUAUAUUUGGUGAAUUUUCGUGGCCAAAAAAUGUGAAAACAAAUUAUCUAAAAUAUGGCUCUGGCAAAAAAGGGGCCCCAAGGGAAUAUUACACAUUAGAAUGUUUACUGUACCUUUUAAAAAAUAUUCAUUUGCAACAUUCGGUAUACGUCAGGCAAUGUGCUGCUGAAGAUAUUCCUGCUGUGAAUCGUCCUGAUCGUAAAGAACUUCUAGCUUAUUUGAAUGGAGAAACAUCAACGUGUGCAAGUAUAGACAAAAGUGCUCCGUUUGAGAUACCAACUCAAGUAAAAAGACCAAUAGAAAGUGAUGGAUCUGCCUUAGACUCUAUAGCCAAAAAAGCUAGAUUUGAAAAUACACAGGUGCAAAAGGUUCGCGAACAGCUUGCUGCUCGUUUAGAUGUCAAUAAGAAAGAAGCUUCGGUCAAUAUUGAUAAUAUUAAAUCAUUAUCUGAAACUAUGUCUGUUGAAAAAAUUGCCGCUAUUAAAGCGAAAAGAUUAGCUAACAAAAGGACUACAAUUAAGAGACAUGAUAACGAUGAUGCAAUUGGAACAGAUCUUCGGGUUAUCCUUGAUUUUGAUGUUGAUUUGACAAAAGAUAUUAUUAGCAGAGAGAGGCAGUGGCGCACAAGGACCACUAUUCUCCAAAGUUCGGGAAAGCUUUUUGCAAAAAAUAUUUUGGCUAUUUUGCAAGGAAUAAAAGCUAGAGAAGAAGGUCGCCUCAAACCUCAACCUCAACCAAUUAGAUUACCUGAACCAUCAAGAAUGAUGAAACCAUUACCGCAGCUGGCACAAUAUAAUCGUUAUGAUCAGGAAAGAUUCAAUAGACAAAAGGAAGAAACUGAGGGUUUCAAAAUUGAUACCAUGGGUACAUAUCACGGUAUGACCUUAAAGUCUGUGACUGAAGGAUCCAUGCAAAAGAAACAAAUAGCAAAUCUUCCUCCAGGGCGUCCAAAAGAAUUAAUGCCGAGCGCUCAAGCACGAAUCGUUUCGCAAAAUGCACCCAAAAGAACUUCACGCACUCCUAUAAUAAUAAUUCCAUCGGCAACAACAAGUUUAAUAACCAUGUAUAAUGCAAAAGAUAUAUUACAAGAAUUAAAAUUCGUGUCAACAGAGGAAAAGAAAAGUCAGGGUUGCCCAAGAGAUAAUGAAGUUUUGUUACAGCGUCGGAGAGACAAUGCCAUUACUGUGCCGUAUCGUGUAAUAGAUAAUCCACAAAAAUUAUCAGCUCAAGAUUGGACAAGAGUUGUAGCUGUUUUUGUUAUGGGCCCUGCAUGGCAAUUUAAAGGUUGGCCGUGGGAUGGAAAUCCAGUGGAAAUUUUUUCAAAAAUAUGUGCAUUUCAUUUAAGAUUCAAUGAACAAAAAUUGGAUCAGAAUGUAGCAAAAUGGGCUGUUACAAUAUUGAAUCUUUCACAAAAUAAACGACAUUUAGAUAGAGCCGUUCUUAUGACGUUUUGGGAAAAAUUAGACAAAUAUAUGCUGAAAAAUAAACCAGAAUUAAGAUUUUAAAAUACCACUAUUAAGUUUAGAUGUAGUAUAAUUUACGACUAUAAUUUUUGAAUUUAUUUCUUGUAGUGAAUAGUUUGUAUGCUCACAAAAAACGCAUGUAAACUUUUAAUAUUUUUAUGUAGCGUAAAAAGUAUCAAGUUAAGAAACUUUUUUAUGAUAAAGCUGUAUAAAAACAAUAAUAGCUCUUUAAAAUAUUAUAAUUCAGAUUUUAAAUCUAAAAUAAAUAUGAAAACA